CAAUGGCCUCAACUCAAAAUUCCAAUCAAGACAGAAUUACCUGAAUUAAAAUCACAUGCUGUCAUUACAUCUGAUCCACCCGUAGUUGAUUUUGAACGAUUUUCAAAAUAUAGGCGUCUGGUACGUUCCUUUGCCUACGUUUUACGAUUUAUACAUAAUAUAAAUAAAUCAAACUCCAAACUUUCCGGUGAUCUUAGCUUAGAAGAAUUAGAUAAGUCCUAUUUUAAACUUAUUAAAUUAUGUCAAAGUCAAAGCUUUCCAACGGAAAUUAAUUCACUAAUGAAAAAACGGCCAUUAAGUUCAAGAAAUCGAAUCAUAAAUCUAAAUCCAUUCCUAGAUGAGAACGGCAUUCUAAGAGUAGGUGGUAGAUUGAAUCUUUCAACUUACGAAAACGAUAAAAAAAACCCGAUUCUGAUUUGUGCAAAACAUCAUUUCUGCAAAUUAAUUUUUGAACACAAGCAUAAUCAAGAAUUAAUGCAUGCUGGUCCUCAAGCGCUACUGUACGCAGUUAGGGAAAACUUAUGGCCGGUAAACGGACGAUUACUCGCUAGGCGCGUAGUAAAAGGCUGUGUCAAGUGCAGGCGACUUCAGGGUCAAACACUUCAUCCUCUAAUGGGAAACCUUCCCACGCAACGAGUCACGCCAGCAUUUCCGUUCGAAUCAGUGGGAAUAGAUUUUGCAGGCCCAUUUUCAAUACUUAGCAGGAAAGGACGAGGCGCAAAAACUUCUAAAUGUUACUUGUGCUUGUUUAUAUGUCUAAGAUUCAAAUGCAUUCAUUUAGAAGCUGUAAGCGAACUAUCAAAGGAAGCUUUUAUUUUAUCCCUUCGUCGUUUCAUUAGCCGUAGGGGGAAACCUCUAGAGAUUUUGUGUGACAAUGGAAGAAACUUUGUUGCUGCAUCCAAAGAAGUAGGUCAAUUUUUAAAGACAAAUUCAGCGCCCCUAUCUGACUUUGCAACCAAUGAAUCAAUAAAGUUCAAAUUUAUACCAGCUUACGCUCCACACUUUGCUGGUUACUGGGAAGCCGGCAUAAAAUCGGCUAAAUAUCACAUAAAAAGAGUCAUGGGAAACACUAAUUUAACUUUCGAAGAGCUAUGUACUCUCUUCGCACAAAUUGAGGCUAUCCUCAAUAGCCGACCCCUGUCUCCCAUGUCUUCCUCUCCUACAGAUCUCCUUUCUCUCUCCCCAGGGCAUUUCCUGAUUGGCCGACCACUAAGAUCACUGCCGUCACCCUACGUGGAAGAACAGAACAUCAGUCCACUACGACGCUACGCCAGACUCGAGCAGAUUCGCCAACACUUCUGGCAACGAUGGCAGCGAGAGUACAUCAGCGAACUACAGCAACGUUCCAAGUGGCGAACCAAUCACUCCAGCCUACAGAUCGGAGACCUUGUCCUGAUCCAAGAAGACAACACAUCACCUCUGAACUGGGCACUUGGCAGAGUGUCACGUCUCUAUCCCGGCGCUGAUGGCAUCUCUCGAGUCGCUGAUCUCGAGACUCUGAAGGGUCGCAUCCGAAGACCGUUUGCCAGACUCUGUCCACUCCCAAAGGGCGACGAUGACCAGAUUUCUUGAAGAACGAAUCUUCAAGCGCGGGGACUAUGUUCACGCUAAUUCUACAUAUGCGUGAGACGGAACGCGCCACCUCCUCCUGCCCUCUGAUGACGUCACGAAGACUAUAUAAGCGGGCCCCGCGAUGCCCCGCUCCUUUUUUACUUACGCUAAUCAUACUUACUCGUAUAUCUAUCAUUGUAAAUAUUGGUCUAAAAAUACAAGUAUAAAAA